UAUAGUUUAUUCACAUUCAUGAUAUAAACACACCUUCUCAAGUCUCAGUUGCAAACCUAUAGAGUACCUUCGAGAUGGCCCGUGAUCUCAGUGUACUUGUGCCGUUCACAGUGAUCUUCUUCGGCUUGAUAUCGACAGGGAUAGAGUCUCAAGGCACGAAGACAUUCACAAUAGUGAACAAUUGCAAGGAGACGGUAUGGCCCGGAAUAACCCACGGGGAAAACUUCAACGGCAGCGGGUUCGCACUUAAGCCGGGCCAGUCCGCAGUCUACACCGCCCCGGCAGGCUGGGGUGGACGCAUCUGGGGCCGCACGGGCUGUAGCUUUGAUGGGAGCGGCCAUGGGACCUGCCAGACGGGUGGCUGUGGGACCUCCAUCAACUGUACUGGCCCGGGAAGCCCGCCUGCCUCUAUUGCAGAGUUCACCCUUGGGGAAGUGGACUUCUAUGAUGUCAGCCUCGUGGACGGGUUCAACCUGCCCAUCAUAGUCAUUCCAAUGAAGGGCAAGGAGAACUGCACCACGGUUGGGUGCGAUGGCGACCUCAGGAAGAACUGCCCAUCAGAGCUCAGGCUGAACUCUAGUGGGAAAGUGAUUGCCUGCAGGAGCGCCUGUGAUGUAUUCAACACGGAUGAGUACUGCUGCCGGGGGAUGUUCGGGGAUGCCACGACCUGCCACCCGAGCAACUACUCCAGGACUUUCAAGUCGGUCUGCCCCGUGGCUUAUAGCUAUGCGUAUGAUGACCCAACUAGCAUCAAGACCUGCACUGGUGCAGAAUAUGUAGUGAGCUUCUGCUCUUCGAGGAAUGAGACCGUCUGCUCAUACCACAACAACACGCUUUCCUGCAACACACCGAACAGUGCGAGUACAACCUUCGGAAGACGGGGAAUCGUGGCACUUGCUUUGGCCCUGCUGCUUGUUUUGAGCCUUUAUUCAUGAUUCAGUCUGUAAAUCCAUCAAUUUUGGAUUUUUGUAAAACCACCAAAGUUUGAUCCUCCCUCCAAUGCCUGUCCAAUUUGCUCCAUACCAUGGAACAUGUACAGUCCAAUCCAUGAUCUCAAGUCUAGGCAAGGAUAUCGUGUGAUUGUUAAAGA